AGUUUUUUUCUUCUAUUUUGUGACAAGAGAUAACCACUAAAAUUUUGUUAUUUUUAAUCAAAAAACACAUUGCCUACAUCUGGUUGAUUAAAUUAUUUUUCAAUUCAAAGUUGAGACCAAUCAAAUCAUGGCUCAUUUGCUGACACCAGCUCCAGCUCUCUCCGCGAGACCUCGAAAGAGCUCCCUCUAUUCUUGGAAAAAUGGGUGCUUUAUAACUUCAAGAGUGUGCUGUGUUGGCCACCAAUAUCAACCUGAGGCCUCUUCCAUCUCUGAUCAAGUCCCUUCUCCCCGUGAUGACCACUCUCUGCGUCGCAGGGCAUUGAUGGGUUUAAGUGGUGCAGUAAUGUUGGGAUUGAGUUUGAGUGAUGAGCAAAGUGCAAGUGGCGCUGGAAGGCCUCCACCGCCUCCGCCAAAGGAGAAAAAGGAUCCGAAUCUGAGUGGUGUUCAGGCAAAAGUAUUGGCUAGCAAGAGGAGAAAAGAAGCCAUGAAAGAAACAGUGGCCAAACUAAGAGAGCAAGGGAAGACCAUUAAUAAAGAGCCACCACCUGCAUCGCAAUAGUUUCCAAAUGUUUAACCUUUCCAUUGUCACCUACAAAUGGUUGAUGUUAUUGUUGUAUUACUAUUAUUGCUCAAUUAAAUAAGACCG